AUGCGAUCAAUCGUUGCCUUGUUUUUCAUUAUAUCUCUUUCAUCUAUAAAAGGACAAACUACACAACUACCGAUUUAUUAUUGUAGUGAAAAUAAUGCUUCUAUUCAGUUUACAUUAUCUUCAUCAUCUCAUUCAGCUUGGAAUCCAACAUCAAGUUGUUCUUUACAGCAAUGUGAUACAAGCUUGAAUAGUAAUAAUAGUUGUCGUUCAUCAUCAACACCUUGUUUUGAUUAUCGAACAAUAAAUAAUAUUAGUUAUUGUGCACCUGGUAUUUUAUGUUCAAUAUUAGAAAGAUGUAAUAAUACUACACAAACAUGUUCAUCGAAUAGUUUAGUAUGCGUUAUUAAUUCGUGUUGUUCACCACAACCAGUAUGUUUACCAUUCUUAGCAACCCAGAUGUGUGAAAGAGGAUGGGUUUCUACUGGCAAUAUGACUAGUGCACGAUAUUGGCACACAGCAUCAUUAUUAUCAAAUGGAAAAGUAUUAGUUACUGGUGGAAGUGCUAAUGGAAUUUUUUUAAACAGUGCUGAUCUAUAUGAUUCAUCAACAGGUACUUGGACACCUACGAGUAACAUGACUGAUGAGCGAAUCUAUCACACAGCAUCUUUAUUAUCAAAUGGAAAAGUAUUAGUUACUGGUGGAAUCGCUGCUACUAGUCCUUUAAAUAGUCCUGAGCUGUAUGAUCCAUCAACCGGUACUUGGACAACUACUGGUAACAUGACUAAUGCACGACGUUCUCACACAGCAUCUUUAUUAUCAAAUGGAAAAGUAUUAGUUACUGGUGGAAUUGAUAAUAAUGCUAAUGUUUUAAAUAGUGCUGAAUUGUAUGAUCCGUCAAUAGGUAUUUGGACAACUACUGGUAGCAUGACUAAUGCACGAGAGUAUCACACAGCAUCUGUAUUAUCAAAUGGACUAGUCUUAGUUACUGGUGGAUACAAUGGUAAUACUGGUAUUUUAAUCAGUGCAGAAUUAUAUUAA